AUGACGGACGAGAGCCCGGGGGCAGUGCUGUACACUCGUAACCAUACCACGGUGGACGCUGAGGCAGGUGGAUUAGGAGUACAAGAGCAGCUUGACUUACAUGGUGAGACCUUGUCUCCGAACACCAAAACGGUCAGCCUUGGAUCUCAACACACGCAUGUGAACACGCGCGCACACACACACACACAACUGAAUGUCAUCUCAGGGACUCUUCCAUCUGUUUCUCUUGGUUCAGGAACGGGACAGGAAGUGCAGACAGAGAAUGUGACAGUGGCCGAGGGUGGGGUGGCUGAGAUCACCUGCCGUCUGCAUCAGUAUGAUGGGUCCAUAGUUGUCAUCCAGAACCCAGCCCGGCAGACCCUCUUUUUCAAUGGCACCCGAGCUCUCAAGGACGAGCGAUUCCAGCUGGAGGAGUUCUCCCCGCGUCGAGUGCGCAUCCGGCUCUCCGACGCCCGCCUGGAGGACGAGGGCGGCUACUUCUGCCAGCUCUACACGGAGGACACCCACCACCAGAUCGCCACGCUCACUGUCCUAGUGGCUCCGGAGAAUCCUGUGGUGGAGGUCCGAGAGCAAGCGGUGGAGGGCGGCGAGGUGGAACUCAGCUGCCUGGUUCCGCGGUCGCGCCCCGCAGCGGUUCUGCGCUGGUAUCGCGAUCGCAAGGAGCUGAAAGGAGUGAGCAGCGGCCAGGAGAACGGCAAGGUGUGGAGCGUGGCGAGCACCGUGCGGUUCCGUGUAGACCGCAAGGACGACGGCGGUAUCGUCAUUUGUGAGGCGCAGAACCAGGCGCUGCCCUCGGGACACAGCAAGCAGACGCAGUACGUGCUGGAUGUGCAGUACUCCCCCACGGCGCGGAUCCAUGCCUCUCAAGCUGUAGUGAGGGAGGGAGACACGCUGGUGCUGACGUGUGCUGUCACAGGGAACCCCAGGCCAAGCCAGAUCCGCUGGAACCGGGGGAAUGAGUCUCUGCCGGAGAGAGCGGAGGCGGUGGGUGAGACGCUCACCCUGCCGGGCCUGGUAUCUGCAGAUAACGGCACCUACACCUGCGAGGCGGCAAACAAGCACGGCCACGCGAGGGCGCUCUACGUGCUUGUGGUCUACGACCCGGGCGCAGUGGUAGAAGCCCAGACAUCGGUCCCCUACGCCAUUGUGGGCGGCAUCCUGGCGCUACUCGUGUUUCUGAUCAUAUGUGUGCUAGUGGGCAUGGUCUGGUGCUCCGUCCGACAGAAGGGCUCCUAUCUGACCCAUGAGGCCAGCGGCUUGGACGAGCAGGGAGAAGCCAGAGAAGCCUUCCUCAACGGCAGCGACGGACACAAGCGGAAAGAAGAAUUCUUCAUCUGACCCCACCCCCACCCACCGCCAGCUGCACGGAACCAGCAAAGACAUUGACCAGAGUCCGGGAUGGCGGGCUUCUCCCCCCACAGCUAACACCUCAGGCGCUUGGGCAGGGAUUGGGGGUGUUGGACGCCUGGACCUCUCCCAGGGACAAAGGCUUAGGGUCCAGAGGCUUAGGGUCCCCUAGAGGAGACAGGGACCGAAGGUCCCUUCUAGACCCCAAGUCCAGGGAGGGGUAAUAGGGAUUUGGGUUGGGGGAAGAAAACAGGGGAAGGCCAGAACCCCUAGGCAACAGAACCAGGUCUUGUGGGGAGGGAGUCAGAUUCUGGGAAGGGUGGGGUGGGCAGGGAAGGGGAACACAGAUUUCUUAGGGGUCCCAGACCCCAUGCCAGCCAUUGUAAGAGUUCCACAGAGCUCUGGGCACCUCUUUGCAAAGCCAUGUUCGCACGGUGGGGGGAGGGGCGGGGAGGGCGUGGAAACGGGAAUUCUGUGUCUUUGUGUGAAAACUCUGAUGGGGGCAGUGAGGGAAACGACCCCAGCUUUUAUCCAGUCCCCCUUCCGGGUUCCUGGGCGGCUCCCCUCCCCUCCAUCUCCACCCCCAUGUCUUUCCCCUCCCAUAUUUGUCUGUCCACCCACUCCUGGGGGGGCCUUCUCCAUCUCUCCUCCAGGCCCCCCGGGGAGGGGGAAAGGAGUUUGGAAGGGAUGUGUGGUCUCUAUGGUUUUAUAUAUAAUAUAUUAAAAAAUCAAAAAUCUGUAUGAAAAAUAUCAGAUUGCACCCCUCUCCCCUAUUCCUGGCUUUUGCCCCUUUUUCUUGUUUAAAAAAACAAAACAAAACACAUUUUUGUACGGGGCGGGGAGGGGGUAGGGAGGGGGUUUGGCAAUCCCACUAACCACCAUUAAACUGAGGAGAGAACAAG